AUGGUUUUGGACAUUGAUUUGUUUCGUGUAGAAAAAGGUGGUGAUCCAGAUGUGGUCAGAGAUUCACAACGGAAACGGUAUGAAGAAGUGAAAUUGGUUGAUGAUGUAAUAGAUUUGGAUCAACGCUGGAGGAAAGAUCGAUUUUGUGCUGACAAUUUCAACAGAUUAAUCAAUGUGUGCAGUAAAACUAUUGGAGAGAAAAUGAAGAAAAAAGAACCUGUGGGGAAAGAUAAUAUUGUGCCGGAUGAUUAUUUGAAACACUUGGAAACAUUAAAUAUUGAUGAUAUAAAGAAACUGGAUGUCGUGCAGAUCAAAAAGUUAAAAGAAACAAUUGAUGCGAAGCUUACAGAGACGAAAAUAGCAAUGUUGAAACAUGAAACAUCUCGUAAUCAAACGCUUGCACAGAUUGGAAAUAUUGUACAUCCUUCGGUACCUGUUAGCAAUGAUGAAAAUAAUAAUAGGGUAGAGAGAGUGUUUGGCGACAUAGAAACCAAGAAAAAAUAUUCCCAUAUAGAUCUUAGUAUUAUGAUAGAUGGCUUCGAUGGUGAUCGCGGUACAUCUGUCGCUGGUGGUCGUGGCUAUUUUCUAAAAGGUCCAUUGGUAUUUUUGGAACAAGCAGUUAUCAAUUUAGCGUUGCAAAUGUUGCACUCUAAAGGUUUUAUUCCGCUUUACACGCCCUUCUUCAUGCGUAAAGAAGUGAUGCAAGAAGUUGCGCAGCUUAGCCAAUUCGAUGAAGAACUUUACAAGGUGAUUGGGAAGAAUUCUGAAGUUGACGGAAGUGAUUUUGUUGAUGAAAAAUACUUGAUAGCGACAUCCGAGCAACCAAUUGCGGCUUAUCAUCGAAACGAGUGGAUUAAUCAAGCUGAUUUACCUAUUAAAUAUGCUGGCAUAUCGACUUGCUUUCGCCAAGAAGUUGGUAGUCAUGGACGAGAUACUCGUGGUAUUUUCCGAGUACAUCAGUUUGAAAAAAUUGAGCAAUUUGUCCUGUGUUCUCCACAUGAUGGUGAAAGUUGGAAAAUGCUAGAUGAAAUGGUUGCAAAUGCUGAAGAGUACUGUAAAGUACUCGAAAUACCUUAUCGAAUUGUUUGCAUAGUAUCGGGGGAAUUGAAUAAUGCUGCUGCAAAAAAACUUGAUCUAGAGGCGUGGUUUCCUGGAAGUGCCGCGUUCAGGGAACUAGUUUCAUGUUCAAAUUGCACUGACUAUCAAGCUCGACGUUUGAAGGUUCGUUAUGGACUAACAAAGAAACUAAGUGGAGAAGUUCCGUACGUUCAUAUGCUUAAUGGAACGAUGUGUGCUACUACCCGCAUUUUGUGUGCAUUAUUGGAAAAUUAUCAAGAAGAAGAUGGUAUAUGUGUGCCAAAAGCCUUAAGAAAAUUCAUGCCAGAUCCUUAUAAAGAUUUUAUACCAUUUGUAAAGGAAGCUCCAAUAGAAAAUGAAAUAAAGAAAGUUAACUUAGGAUGA